AUGUUUGGGCUUGGAACUAUUCUUUACACAUUUACCAUGCUUGGGAACAGUGUGUGCAUACUGAACGAAGACAGAUUCCUUAAUAAUCUGGGUAUAUGCAGAAAGAGUGAAAAUGGAGCUGUAAGACAGUUAUCUGAGUUGAUAAGAACAAUCAAAACCCUUAGCUUCAUUCCUCUUAUCAUUAUAAACAUUCUUUUUAUCGUGUAUUGGCUCAUAUUAGGGUAA